AUGACCUAUUUAUCAAGUGUACCCUCCGGUUCAUCCGAAGAGUUCCGAUUCGAAAUCGUUAUUAUUGAUAAUUUACUAUUUCUCUAUCACUUCUUCAAUAACCUUAUCGGCUAUAUUCAUCAAAGUCACGCAUUUGCUUCUGACAACAUGGCCGAUAAUCUUCUUAAUCCUCAAUUAGUCAAUCGUCUUGAGAAAUCCUCGUCGAGCAUGUUCAAUGUUUAUCCAAUUGAAGUUCUGAAGUAUCAAAGAAGAAAGAUUUUCAAGAUUAUCUUCAGGUCAAACCUAAACAUUAAAUAUGACAAACGACACCAUUUUAUAAUAGACUCUUGUCACGAAUAA